AUGACCGGGGCUCGAGUCAUUUACUGGUUCCGCACCGAUUUGCGGUUGCACGAUUCACCUGCCUUGACGGCGGCGCUGGAGCUCGAGCCGGCGGUGCUGUGGCCUGUGUUCACCUGGGAUCCGCACUACGUGUACCGCGCACGCGGCGGCCUGAACCGGUGGCAGUAUCUACUGGACUGUCAAAAUGACCUCUCAGCUUCAAUCACCAAGCUGAAUCCCAAGUCGAAGCUCUUUGUACUGCGCGAGGGUCCACAGACGCUGUUCCCCAAGCUUUUCAAAGCCUGGAAGGUCACGCACCUUGUCUUCGAGAAGGACACGGAUUCGUACGGUCGUGAGAGGGAUGGCGUCGUCGUGGCGGCGGCGCGGGAGGCCGGUGUCGAGGUCAUCAUGCGUAGCGGUAGGACGUUGUGGGACAGCGACGAUAUCGUCAGAGCGAACGGAGGCAAGCCAACAAUGAGCAUGUCACAGCUGCAGAAGGCCGGCUCUCGGGUCGGCGACAUCCCGCGACCCGUGGCGGCGCCCACGAAACUGCCGGAUCCGGGAGAGAUGCCCGUCGACUUCGAGCAGGAGAGACCGGACACUACGCCGGACUUUAACGCCGCGCAGAGGACUGUUGAGGCUGGAGACCAAGGCUACGCGAGCAUAGCUGGGCCCAAUGGCGACUUUGGCAUCGAAACAAUGGAAGAGCUGGGUUUCCCGAGCGCCACCACCCCGCACCGAGGGGGCGAGUCGAGAGCACUGGAGACUCUGAAAGAGGUCAUGAAGGACGUCAAGUAUGCGGCCACGUUCCGCAAGCCGCAGACGAGCCCUGCGGCAUUUGAGCCGCAGUCGACAACGCUCUUGUCUCCGCACAUGCACUUCGGCUCAUUGUCUGUCAGGGAGUUCUACUGGCAAGCUGUAGAUGCUGUCAAGGCAUUUGGCAAGGGGGCAUCAGGUCCGCCGGAGAGCCUGACGGGCCAGCUGCUGUUCCGCGACAUGUACUUUGCUGCACAGGCAGCGCUGGGUUACAAAUUUGAGCAGACCAGGGGCAAUGCGUACUGUCGAUUCAUUCCUUGGCAUCUGCCGAGCAAGGUGAACACCGAGACUGGACUCAUCACGGGGCAGUAUCAUGUUGACUCUGAAGAGGCGGACCUGUGGUUCCGCCGGUGGAAGGCUGGACAGACGGGAUUCCCGUGGAUCGAUGCUCUAAUGCGACAGCUGGCGGAGGAGGGCUGGAUUCACCAUCUCGGCCGGCAUUCGGUGGCGUGUUUCUUGACGCGGGGCGGAUGCUACAUUGACUGGGAGCGCGGGUGCGAGGUGUUUGAGGAGUGGCUCAUCGAUCAUGAGCCGGCGUGCAACGCAGGAAACUGGCAGUGGUUGAGCUGCGCUGCCUUCUUUUCCCAAUACUUCCGAUGUUAUAGCCCAGUGUCCUUCGGGCAGAAAUGGGACAAGGAGGGCCUCCUGAUCUUAAGAAAGCGGGGUCAAGCUUGGUGCAAUGGCCUCGACGAUAGGGAGGAGGGCACAUAUCCGAAGCCCAUGUUUGACUUCAACGAGCGACGAACAGCGUGCUUGGCCGCAAUGAAGAAGGCAUACGGGGUCGCACUGCACGGGGCGGACGAUCAGGUGGCGGACGGGACGUGGAGGGACAUGUUCGAUGAUGACAAUGGCGAAAUGAUGGACAUGUUCGAAAGCGACGAUGGCGAGCACGCUGAUCAUGGCCACGACCAAGAAAGCGAGCCACCAAAGAAGAGGGCAAAAAAGGAGGCAGACAAGAUCACGCCUGCCAAGCAUGCUGCGACGGAGGGCAGUGCCGAACAGCACGCGUCCAGGGGUGCCAAGGGUGCCAAGGGAGACAAAAAGCGCCAGACGUCCAUCGCAGACCAUGUUCGUCGGGCCAAGUAG